GGGUUAAUUUCUUCACGCGGAGAGCUUCCGCGGAACAAGACUUGGAACAACGCUCGAAGAUGGCGGUGGCGUCGGUAUCGGUGCUCGACACCGAUAGCUGCUCCGUUUACUAAUCGAUCAUCCCGGGUGUCGGGUGUCGGGAGUCGGUGCAAGUAGGUGCAAGUAGGUGCAAGUAGGUGCAAGUAGGUGCAAGUAAGUGCAAGUAGGUGAAAGUUGGUGUGCCUAUUUGAGAGGACGCAUACUGUGCGAGGACACUUGCGAGCGAAAGAAGAGUUUCGAAGAUAUGCAGGUGUGCGAAAAUAACUGUUGCUCCUGCAUAAGCAACCCGUGAUACAGGUGUGUUGGUGCGAGAUGCUGGCUGACACUCUAUCGGAAAAAAUGUCGAAAAACCACGACGAACCGACCGAACAGCACACCGUUUGAAAUCCCUCGGGGUAUCUUUAUACUCGCCCUCUUCUCACACCAAACGCCAAAUGGUCACGAUUAUGAUGAGAUAACGAACGCAGAAUGAGAUACAGCGGCAGUAACCUUCUCGGUUAUGCAGUCUCCGCGUUUAUUCUAUUUGUUACUGUCACUCGUGCGGAGAACGGUGUCUCCUGCAAAGAUCAUCAAGGACGAUCUUACGAAACUGGGGUAUCCUACAUUCUUGGCUCGAAUCCUUGUACGUUGUGUGUUUGCGAUAAUGGCAAUCCGAAACUUUGUAGAGCAUUCGUUUGCACCAAAUUCCCAGAGGAAGAUUGUAAAUCUUUCCUACGUGGAGAUAGUUGUUGCCAGUAUAUUUGCCUGGAUGAUACCUUAUCGUCUCUAUUAAAUUACAAAACCGAUGGAAUUGGCAACAAUGCGACCGAUACUACUGCAAAUUACGAUAUAGGGCUGAGAUCUGUUGCUAGUUUUGUAACGGCUGUGUUGUCACUGAGCCUAUUAUUUUUUUUAAUACAUCGCUUACGCCAAAGAAAAAUAAGAGUUUGCGUGGCAGGAAGACAGAACAGACAAUUGGCAGAGGACCAAAGAAAUUUAGGUAGUAUGGGAUACUUGGAACGAGACGGAUUAUCGUACGGCGUUCCUAUGGAUGACAUUCCAUGUGGGGCUAAUUAUCCGUUAUGGAAGCCACCCAGCAAUUAUUUUCCGCGCGGAGAAGCUCCACCGCCUUACGAAGAAGCUGUCGCAGCGGCGAGAGCGGAACAGGCCCUUCUAUCCAUGAACCCUCAAGCGCUUCCGCAACUUAAUUUUCCAAACAGUUAUUUGACCGAUGUCACUAAUCGUACUAAUAUAUCGCUUGUAGGAAGCACGCAAAGCGGCAUAAAUGGCAAUACGUCCACGCUGAUAUGCGACAAUAGUAUUGCAGAUUCAAGUGGCUUAACAUCCACGCCCAAUAGACCAAUUUCAAAUCCAAAUAUAUAUUCUAGCUAUCGCCAAUCCAAUCAAAAUGAAACAUCUCAAGGUAUCAGUGUAGGAACAUCCACUACGAAUUUUACCAUGGGGACGAAUACUUACGAGAACUUACCGACCACCAUCGGAAUUCCAAACUUUGCCAAUCAGCAUUCCGAUGUAACUGUACAACCCGUGUCAAACUUGCAAACCUCCGUUUCGAAAAAUUAUCAGACGCAUACUACUCUUCCUCGUCAAACGGCAGGAGCAUUUACAAUAUCCGCGACUUUGUCCAAUUCUAAUAUAACUUCUCAUCGUACAAUUCCUAGGACUUUAACCUCCACUCGUACCGCUACCAAAUUGCAUGGUAUCAUAAACGAUUAUUCCAAGAAUGAAUUGCUUCGACCCUCGCCGACCAGCGAUUCGUCAAAUUUAUCAUCAUUGAUUGCGCAACAAGAUGUAUUGACCGACAAAGAAAACAGAAAUGCAACUACAUUUUAUCAAGAGGUACAACUACAACCCUCUUCUACUCCUUCUUCGUCGAGACAACAACAGAACGAAACACACCAGUCGGAUCACCGACCCGACGAGACUCAUACCUACAAGCCACCGCUGAACGUGGCCAAUGAAAUGAACGACGAAGGAAGUUUCGAAUCUGUGGCAUGCACGUGUAGCAUGCAAGCCCUUCCCACUCUUCACGAUGAUACCGACGACUACAGAAGCGAAUGUGAAAAUUGCAAAAGUGCGACAGGUUCUCGUUACUAUUUGGACAACGAGAUUGAAUUGAUUACAUCUCCGCAUGAAACGAUGACGUUGCACAGAAGACCAGACGAAACAACGUCGAGUACUACUCCUCAAUAUUACAGAACUUCACUUACACUGCCCAUAAGUACUCGUCAGCGAGCCAGAAGUACCGGAGUUCGAGAAAAUUGGUUCAGCACCAUGCCACAAAGUUCUACAGAAUCAUCGGAUGAAAAUUAAUAAUCGCGAGAGUAUGCUUUACAAUUCUCACGUCUCGCGUAGGUAUUAAGAUGAUUUAUGAUGCAUUACCAUUAUUCAACUUUAGUAUUACGACGAAAGAACAAAUUUAUGAUUCAUUCAAUUGCGAGAAACUCUAUCACAUUAUUGUAAAUAGAAUCUUAGUAUCACCAAAGUAGUAUCACCAAAGUUAAAUUAGUUACACACUUCUGUUUCCACAUCUGAUCUUUUCUGUUUCUUCUUUGCUUUUCAUCUGAUUCUGCUACAAGAGCAAACUCUGUUAUUCGCUCUCUUCGCUUAUGUUUUUUAUAUGCUCGAAAUAACGAAUAUUUCAAAAGAACAUAAUUUCCUAACGUUUCCAAGGCUAUUUCAACUUUGUUUCACGUAUAUCAUUCGUUACGAAUCACAUUUCACCGAAAACAUGUGAAAUCUUAAUAUCUAUCAUUAUCGCUUCAUCUCCAUUCACCUCGUUUUCACAAGAGAUUCUUUUUUAUAUUUCUUAUCAUAAAGAAUACUCGCAUAUUUCUAGUAACCAAAUAACAUACCGAUAUGAAAAGAGUAGGCUGAUUUAUGCUCUGUAAAUACAUGAUGCUAUAAACAACUAGUGCAUUAACGUUCGGUUCAUUUUUCAAGUAUACCGUUGCCUUUUGCGAAAAUCAUUCACGUGAAAUUCUAAAUGCAACAUUAUCAGUAACACAAAUCAGGUGCCAAUUUGAACUUCUCAUCGUGAUUACAUAUUUCUAUCGUUAUAUAUUUAUAUCGGCUGCCCUAUCAGUGUGAUAUAUUUGAAUUUCUAUGUCGUCGACAGCUAUAUUUUACUUAUACAUCUUAUGCAUACAAUUACGUCCACCAUAAUAUCGGAAAAUAUCAUUUUGGAUUGGUUGAUAAUGUGUGUUAAUGAUUCAUAGAUUUCUCCUUAAAUCUGAAAUAAUUGCAAUUGAUGGUUUGCAAUUGUUUAAUGCUCUGUUCAGUUUACGAAAUGUGCACGUUCUAAAAUAUUCACAAGAUAUACAUAUCAGUGAAAAUUAUAAGGUCAUAUUAAAUUGCGUAAGUAUGACGACUUUCCAUCGCUGUUAAAUUUAGGUCACCGAACUUGUUCUAUAACGUUGUGUUAAUGGUACGUCUUUGCGACGUAUAUAAUAUUUAACAUUUCAAAUGAUUCCAUUCGUUUGAAAAAUCUCAGAUUUUUCAUCAAUUUUAAUACAUAUUACAUAUACGUACAUAUUACAUUUUUUUCCAACUAUUGUACAGAACAUUGUUCAUUACCAUUCUGUUCUUAUAUAUACGUGCGUGUACGUGUGUGCGAGCGAACGUGUGUACUAUGUAUGCAUUUGUGAACUGUCUAGGUAUGUAUACGCGCGCGAGAACACAUGGUAUAUCACGUUUGAACUCAGGAAAUUCGUACCUUUCGCUUUUUAUAUCUAACACCAUUACCAUGGCAUGUUUCUUUUCAGAUUUUCUACGAACAAGUGAAAUGCAGAUGAGAAACGUCUCAUUUAUUCGUUGAAUUGUUUCAUCGCACGAUCUAUCGUAAAAAUGUUUGCCGACUCGAAACAAAAUUGUUAUAAAACUAAACGUUUUUAGUCUUAGCGAAGUAAUAUUCCGUUCAAGGAAAAUUAUAUUCGUUUUAAGAUUGUAUAAUAAUACACACUUUUGGUACAUGCUGUGCGCGCGUGCAUUGAAUGAACGGUUUCAUAUUUACGAAUUGCAAUUACAGACCAUUUCAUUGUGUUGGACGUAAAGAAGAUAUACAUACAUAUAAACAUUCCACUUGCGUAAUCUUAACCGUAGUAAUUUCGAUGUUUAGUUAUUGCAUCGGUAGCAUUUAAUUAUCCGAGCAUAAGUUAUGUUUAUCAAUUAUGAAAGGUUUUUGUAUGAACUGAGGUGAAACAACGCCUCUCGUUAUAAAAUGUUCGAAGAAUAUGAUUCCUGAUUAAUUAAUUGAUUUGUUUGUUUUGUUUGUUUCGUUUGUUUCGUUUGUUUCGUUUGUUUCGUUUGUUUCGUUUGUUUCGUUUGUUUCGUUUGUUUUGUUUGUCUUGUUUGUUCGUUUGUUUGUUUGUUUGUCCGUCUGUUUGCUUGUUUGCUUGUUUGUUUAUUUAUUUAUUUAUUCGUGUAUCUAGUUUCACAACGUUAUGCGAUGCUUCACGUGGACUCCCUUAAUUGCUCCAUCAGAAUUUUAACAAUGUAUUAGCUGCAAAACGUACGAUUAUACAUGAUGUAAGUACGACGAGUCUCAUAACGGUAGUAUCGACAAAAUCUUUUAUCUGUUCAUUCUGAAAUGAAAAUUCUAUUGAAACAGUAUAUAAUUUUGCAUGCAAACUACAGUUUGCAAACAUUGUUUUCGCGUUUUUCUUUGCGCAUAGAAUGUACAUUACUACGAUUGACUUUCGAACAUCUCAGUGUGCCGUGGUGAAACAUUAUUUGCCAAUACCAGCAUCGACGUUUACGUACGCGAGAUUACAUGGAUGGUAAUACUUGAAUAUUUUUAUCAAGCGCGAUGUAAGCUGUUAUGAUUUUGAAAUUUCGUAACAGAGCCCACAAAGCGAACAGCGAUUCAACUUGAAACUGUUUUGAAUUUCAGUAUUUGAUAAGUUCGAUAAGCACGUGACAAACUUAUCCAUGGACCUCUGAUUGAAAAAGAAAACUGAAUUUCCUUGAAAUGCACAUAAAUAUUUGAACCAUUGACAAUCUGUAUUCUACUACUCCGUAAUAAAUACUAUCAAUUAAAAGCAUCAUUGACACCGACACACAAUUAUGUGAAUCGGUGCUUUAUUGGGGUAUUUAAAUGCAAAAUGAAACGAUACAAUAGUAACAAUAGUACGAGAGAAACAAAGCGUGUAAUGUUUUGCAGAUAAUCCUUUAUUGUAUAAUUAUUCUACAAUAAUUACAAUUUUCAUAUUUGUAUAAUGUCCCAGAAUUGUACAAGAAACACAUACGACAGUAUCGGUGAACAAAUAUUGUUAUUUAAGACUAAAAGUGAGAGACGAGCAUUUGAAUUUUGGUCUGAAUCGCAAUUAUUAAGAAAAACGAAACAAUGGACUCUACCAUAUGAAAAUAUUUUCAAAGUGAUAUUGAAAAUACAUCUCUACUACCUACAUCGUGGAAUUCAGCUUUAAGGACUUUAAUGUUGUUUAAUUGCCUCUCUCGAUAUGUUUCUGGCAUUAUAAAGCAGAACACAUACAUGUAUGCAUACAAACAUGCGCAUUAAUGUAAAUCUACAAAGUCUACAACGUGUAUUGAAUGUCAACAAUGUAAAUUAACGUAGACUUCGGACGAUUGUUUGCACCAGUCAUUCGAUAAGUUUUAAUUAUGUAUUAGAAUUGUUCUUUCAAAAUCAAUGUGCCUCAGCCGGUAUAUAAGAUGAUUGAUUCUCUUUGAUUUUAUAACAAACGAUUGAUUCUUUCAGUUUACAUUGAAGAGAAACGGCGAUAUUGUAAUAGCCAGAAAUCUUCAAAGAACCGUGUGCAAAAGAACGUAAAGUUCUGAUGAACGAUGCUAUAAUUAAAUUUCAUUUUAUAAAAAUACAUCAGAAAUGGAAGUAAAGACGAUGUGUAUAUAAAUACGUACCACAUAUAUACUUACUUACUUACUUACUUACUUACUUACUUACUUACUUACUUGUUUACAUAGGUACGAGCGCGCAACGUGCGUCGCACAUACACACGUGUACAUGCAUUCAUACCUAUACACACAUACAUUCAUACAUAUACACGUACAUACGUAUACAUACAUUUACUAUUCUCGCAAGUAUAAACGGAUUCUGACAAUUGGAAUCUCUUCCUACCAUAGUCGAUGCGUUUCGUGUGUUCAUUGAACUCGACUAUAUUCCAUUUCUGAAAGAAAUGUGUUCAUUAUGUAAGAAACCUCUUUCUAUAAUAUGUAAAAAUUACCCAACAAGAAAUGGUACAACAAGUUCGGUCAACAAACAAAUUUGAGAAAAGAUUCGAAACUCUUGUAGUUGAAACGGUAUAAAAAAUUCAAAUACAUUACUGAUCGUUUAGCGAUCCGUAGCAUUGUAAUAUAUUUAUCUGAGUAGUUUUAGAGGAGAACCAUUAUUGCGCUUACU